AUGACGACACGUAAUCUUUUGAUAGCUGGUCGCAUGGUCAGGUUCAUCUGGACGACGUUGGCAUACAUUUUCGAUACGCAGGUUAUGGUCCGCCGAUGCUGUUUGUCCAUGGCAACCCUCAACAUAGCCCUGGCAAACCAGUAUACAGUCAUUGCUCUCGACAACCGCGGUACGGGCGAUAGCCCCAUCCCCGAAAACAACGACUACAGCCCCGAGGCAAUGGCUCGUGACCUAAAAGGACUUCUUGACUUUCUGAAAAUCAAUCGCACUUUUGUCUUCUCCCAUGAUAAGGGUUCCUGUCAAGCCGUUGCUCUUGCCGCCCAGUAUCCAAGUCUGAUACCUGCUCUGGGCGUUUCCGGGCAUUUGUUACCUGGAUUCGGUUACGAGGAAAGAAGUUGUCCGUCAUCAACUUGGGAUCUAUACUCCAAUUGGCAACUUGCUUUCUUUGGUGUACCGGAUGCGGCCGAGCUUUUUAUCCGAGGAAAGGAGAAGGAAAUACAUUGCAUCGCCGAUGAAAAUCCGGAAUGGGUUGCUGAACGUUUGCGGGCGUACUUUGGCAACAUAGGGGGGAAUGAUCAAGCAGCGGAUCUGUCAUGGCACAGCAAUAGAACUACACUGGUUUAG